AUGGACCAGACCUCUUUCGCCGAUAUCCAAGAAAAGGCUUAUCUUGGAGCUGCUAGAAUCUCCCUCGACAAUAUUUAUUUUGCUCCUCAUGCUAGCAGACUCGACAACGACAGAUGCGAAGCCCGCCUCCUAAAUCUAUUCCGGGACUAUUCAUGUGACAGAGAUGCGUACGAGAAUCGUAUUCCUGUAGCGGUAAGCCAGGAGCUAUUGCGGCGAGCUUUAGAAGACGCAAGGAUGCCUAUGUCAUGUAUUCGUGAAGCUGUCCCCCCAUUUCUUCCUCUUCCGCCAGAUACAAAAAUAUUGGCAUUGCGCGAUGGUGGACCGUUGUCUUGUUUGAUGCAGAAAAUACUGACAUGCAGAUUAGAACUGCCCCUCGAGUGCAUCAGCUUCAUAUCAGAAGCAGAUGAUAAUUCAUCACCAUUCUUUGAUGGAGAAAUCUAUUACAAAAUCCGAAUGAGUGAUCUGCAAAGUGACAAAAUCCGUCUUCAGAGAUGGAUGAGCCGAAUGGGCUCCCACUGGAAGCAAAUUGACUAUACCAGGCUUCAUAAGUCAAAGGAUUUUAAACCAUUCUGUGAUGCAAUUGAUUCUCUUCUACCAUUUCCCGCUCUUCUCUUCUCGUUUCAGUUAGGGAAUAUCCGGCGGUUCUUUCGUAUGAAGUGUCCUGAAGAAUUAGCCGCAUAUGUGAAGCAUGUAUACGCUGUAUGGGCGAGGAUUAUGGACGGGUUUGAUGUCAAUGCACUUACAACGUCUGACAUUGAAUGCCUACAGGGGCGCUCACCAUGCUGGUCCUCAGCUGACAAAGCCUUUAUCGAGAAUGCUUUCACCAGCGGGAGGCUUUUCACAGAUAUCCUUGAUGAAGGACAACGUGCAGUUCUGAAGAGCCGUAUAAUAGCUACAGAUGGUAUAAUUCCAUCGAUGAGGACAUUCCUGGAAAAUACUAAAUUCCUGGAACCUGCCGCGAUACUACUUAGAGCCUUGCUUCCUAGGAGGUUCCGUGGGACCGUUCGGAGCGAAAUGAAGAAAUGCUUCAGGGCCGGUCAAGAACAGACAGAAGGGCGAUUCCAGCUAUCGUAUCAGCAUCUAUGGUUAACGGCCCUCCGCAUAUUUCCAUACAUUACCUCAUUCAAGCCACUGCAAGAUAGAAGGGGACGUGAAGUUGAAUUCAAUGGCAACUACUGGGGCUUUUUUGCAACAUCGGCAGCCCGAUGUGGAUUUUCCUCGCGUCAAAUAGACAGUCUUUUACAGUUAUAUCCGCAUUAUGACCAACUCGUGGAGUCUAGUCAAUACCCUCUGUCCUUGAUCAAUGGUGACAAAGAGUGGAAGCUGAAGAGCAGGUGCGGUAUGCCAACGGAGACUGUCUUUCAGAGCAUAGCACCAUAUCUCACUCUGAAAAACAUCCAUAGCCGUUUACAAUGCCCAGCUGGUACCAGCCAUGUCACACAAUUUGCUGUGGCCAGGGACAUGGUCCGGUCCUUUUUUUCGGAUCAGAAGAUCGGUUCGGGAUUAUCAAGCACUCGGCUCUCGGAGGGGCCCCAACCUGUACAGGACGUCGAAAUGUCCGCAGAAUCCGUGGCACCUGUGGCUUCCGAAACAAUACAACUGCCAGGUCCGGGACCGUGGCAUUCAUUGAAUGAUACGCAGGAUGUUGAUAUGAUAACAGGGCCUAUGGUUCAUGAUACAAUAAACCAACCAGAUCCAGUGUCACCAUCCAAUGAUACGCAGGAUGUUGAUAUGAUAACAGAGCCUAUGGCUCAUGAUACAGUGCAACAGCCAGAUCCAAAGCUACCAUUGAACGAGACGCAGGGUAUCCAUACGAUAACGGAGCCUAUGGAUUCUAUGCCUCUGUUAACUUCGGAAGAGACACAGGCCAACGAAGGACAGCUGGCUCUGACUGUCAUACCUCGCCAGUCAGUUUACAUGCCCGAUGAUUUCCCAACAACCCCCUUCCCACCCACUAGGUCGAAUAUAAUGCAGCCCUCGCUUGCAGAUACUGUAAAUUCAUCCAGUCGGAAUACGGAUACCGAGCAUACGAACCUCGGUGAUAGGCAACUGGCGUUGUCUCUGGUUCCUGGUCGGUUACUUUCAGUUCCGCCUGAUCAACCAACCCCGUUUCCCCCAGUGAUCGGAUCCCAAACCAGUAGACAGCAAGCAUCGUCAAUAACCCAAUCCCAGCCUGCAGAAAUUUCUCUAUGGGAUAAAAGCGUGCCCAAGGACGAGCAAAAAAAGACCCUUCAUGAGCUUGAGGAAUACGUAACCACACAAGGAUAUAAGCAUACUCUUUAUGUCUACGGAACUUCACAGCUCUGGGUGCCGGCAUCUGACGAGGUCCCCCUCAUUCGGCACUUUAUUGAUAGUCAUGAAGGAUGGUGCUAUCUGGUUGUCCAUGACAAUGAUGCACGUCAAAUUGAAUAUGAUCAAGUUCAGCAAGAGCUUCUGAAUGGACGUCUGAUCGUCUGUGUGAAACAAGAUCAGAUCUGGCAAGCUAAACGAGAAGUGGAAGAAGUGGAACUAUAA